AUGGUACACUGGAGAGCAUACACCGUUCCUCGUGUGGCUUUAUUCUGGUUAGGCUCAUUUGCAUUCACGCAACAUGCUUUUGUUGCAUUCAAUCAGACUUUCCAAAACCUUGCAAGUUAUGGCAAAUUCUCUAAUCACCCCAACUACAAGCUUCUUGGGCCAAUCUAUUCUGGCUUUUACUUGCUAAGACCUGUCUUCUGGUCUUACGUUUUUUACAGAAUGACUAAGCUAAUGGGAGUAAUGGUCAUAAGACACUUGUAGGGUAAGGACGAUCUCCACUACUUCUGGUACUAUGAUACUUUGUACCCAGAUAUGUAUCAUGAUGAGGAGGAUAUGAGAUAUAUCAACUUCAGAUAUACAGAUAACAAGGUAGUCCCAGAUCCACUCACUGCAUACUAUCCAUACGAUAACCUUAAGUAUGGUAAAUUCUUAGACAAAAAAGGAGAUACUUACGAUUCCAAUCCAUACAAAUACUAAAAAUCUUGA